AUGGAUGAUUACAUGUUCAAGUUCUUCGUGGAUGAGUGUCGCGUUGUGGAGGAGAAGACGAGCUACAUUGAGAUUUUCAAUUACUCUGACCCGUUUUACAACUCCGUCGAAGAGCAUCCGCUGCCCUCGUCCGAGUUUGAGAACUUUUUGAAUCAAAGGGGUGCUUUUGAGCCGCCACAGAAGAUGCGUGAAGGGACCAAACUCCUCAGCGGUAUUCGACUCAUUAUCCAAGAAAAUGCUCAGCACAAGGACACGUUUAUGCCAAAAGUCAUCUCCCUACCAAAGGAAAAGUACAUGUCCAUGAUUAGGACCCUGAAGCUGCCCUUUCGAGGCAUAGAAACGUCGUCUGUGGUUGGGCCGUUCUUCUGGUGUGCCUACGACCAGGACGACGAUGAUCCCCAUCUGCAAAUCGUGCACCGCAAAUCAGAUGUCCGCAAAAAGGGCAAAACCCGCGGCUGGGAGAUGAUGCUGUCGUACGCCUUCAAAACCGGCAUCACCACGGGCUUUAUGAAGGGCACGCCAAGCUCGGACAUUACCCAGGCGCUCAAGCACCUCCGCGAGUGCUACGGUCAGGUUGGCCACCCGAUGCUCCUCCCGACCAUUCUUCUCUCGCACGACCUCUCGCCCGCCAACGACCAGAAGCAACGCGAUGCUCGAGACUGGCUGCGUCGACUGGAGAACGCGGUGAGCUUGCGCGACGAGGUUGAGCCGGAAGAGCAGUACUUCCAGGAUGGAAUCUUGUCCAUUGACGGGCUGAACCGUGAUUUAGUGGAGUGCCAUAGCCAUGUCAUGUGGAAGCGGCCGCAGGCGUACUUUGCGCUGGUGCGGGAGAUGGAGCUCUCGAUGGAGCGGUUCAAGGUUCUUUGGUAUGACUGGAAGAAGGAUUUCUUGACGGAUGAGGAGAUUGCGCAUAGGAAGACGAUUGAUCAGCUGCAUAGGAGCAUGAUCGCCCGGAUGGAGUUUUACAGAGUCAAGCUCAAGGGGUUGGAGAAUUACAUCCACACUACGCUGGAGAGGUUGAAAGUGCAGCGAGAAGCGCUUUAUAACAUCAUGUCUCAACGAGAAGCACGGCUCAACCUCGAAAUUGCCGGAGAGCAGCGUCGCAUCGCACAUGCGAGCAAGCGAGACAGCACAGCCAUGAAGACCAUAUCUCUGAUGGGCGCACUCUUCUUGCCGGGCACGUACCUUGCUUCUGUCUUUAGCAUGACGUUUUUCAAUUUUCAAUCUGGAGCCGAGCCCGUCAUCUCCAACUGGCUCUGGGUCUACUUCAUCAUCACCGUCCCUCUGACCGUCCUCAUCGUCGGCUCCUAUAUCUGGUACGACCGCCGCAAGGAAGCCCGCUAUGCAAACGACGACAAGGAGCUGGAGGGCGACAUUGAGCAGAUGGAAGUCAGCAUCAUGAAGUCGCUCCGUAGGAGGACGAUGAGCAAAGCGAAUACCUGGAACUCGCUCGCUAGCCCAGCGCCUUGA